CCUGAGAAGAACCUAGUUAUUAAUCUAAGGAAGAGUUAUAGGAAGGGAGUAUGAGACUUCCAGCGGCUUCUAGGGAUGAAGUUAGUUUGUUUUUAGCAUGGAUUAAACAACCACUCCAGCUUGCUACUGCACAAGACACAGCACAAUGCGAUCAAAUGCAACUAAAAGACACAGCAUUCAGAAACUCGCAACAUCUUCUGACCGAAGAAUGGCUAGGGGUAUCUGUAGGACCUUUAUAUCUCACAAUGCCUUUCCCGUCCUCUGAUCGCUGCUUUCCCCACCAGCUAUUCAAAUCCGCCCCAAAUCUUCAGAAUGGAGAGAUACGUUGAGAAAACACUCGCCAGCCCUCCGAUCAACGUUUUUUUAACAAGAAUCACUCGCACUCUCUUUAAUAUAAGCGGAUAUCUCCAACAAAUACUGGCCUAUCCUCCACCUAUCCCUUCUUUGACAACCAACGCCACCCUUCCCAAAGUGGACGGGGACUUCGAACAGAUACUCCUAAAUACUCAGCCUCUACAUUUGCUGGAAACAUCUAUUCGCACUUUUCUUAAAACGGGAUACUUUGAGCAAAUAUUUGCCUCUAGCUCUUUUCAGGCUAUUGUCUUGAUGAUUAUCUCCACAGCGGUUUUAGCUCACCUUGUAGUCGGCUAUUUCACUCAAGUUUCCUACCCUCCUAAUCUACCUCGUGUCCGCGAGCCCGCUGGUGCUACCCGCUUCAGCCUUAAGACACGCUGGGCGUACUAUACCAACUGUAAAGCUCUGUACAAAGAGGCGUACGAAACCUACUCUAAGCACGGAAAGACCUGUCUCCUCCCAGGACUCGGCUUCCGAAAUGACAUUAUUAUUCCGGGAGCCUCAUUACGUUGGUACACAUCGCAACCCGACCAUGUGUUGAACUCAUACGAGACCUUCCUUGAGUUGAACCAGGCUGUGUACACGACAGGGGAUGUGAAUGUUAUUCGAAACCCAUGGCAGGGGGACCUUGUCAGAACCCAGAUGCUCUCUUUGAUUGAGCCAAUUGUUGCGGAUCUGGAUGAUGAGCUGAAAGUGUCGAUUGAUGAGAAGUUUGGGAUGGACGAGAAGGACUGGAGAGAAAUCGAUCUGUAUGAGAUGGUUAGAAUCGUUAUUGCACGGGGAUCGAGUCGCUUUACUGUCGGUAUUCCGCUAUGUCGUGACGAAUCUUACCUCAGGCGAACCAUCGAUUAUAUAGACAAUACCAUCCUUGGUGGACUCUUAAUUGGUAUCCUCCCGCGCCCUAUCAGACCUCUAUUCGGCGCUUUCUUUCGCAUUCUUACCACUCUCCACCUCCGCUCCAUCCGAAACUCCCUAAUCCCGCUCUUCCACUCCCAUCUCUCCCUUUUACAAACCUCUCCCGGUCCGGAGGAGCCUUGCGACCACCUUCAAAUGAUGCUCCGCUACGCUGCAGCCAACUUCCCAUCCGAGAUAAAUCUCACGAAUUUCACUGCCCGCAUCUCAGUCUCAAACACAGGCUCCCUCUACCAAGCAAGCAUAGCUAUCACAAACGCUCUCUUCAAUAUCCUCGACUCCGAUGCCGAGUACUCCACCAUUGAUGCUCUUCGCGAGGAAGCUGCCACCACUCUUGUUGACCACAAUGAUAUAUGGACCAAGGCCACUGCCGCGCAGAUGAUAAAGAUGGACAGCGUCUGCCGCGAGACUCUCCGGCUGCACGCCUUCGCCAACCGUUCCGUGUUCAAGAAAGUCGUCGCUAACGGCCUCGUCACAGAGGACGGCAUCACUCUCCCCAAAGGUGCUAUGCUCUCACUCCUCGCCCAGCCGGCACAGACCGAUCCUGACGUCUUCGAGGCCCCGUUAAAGUUUGAUCCAUUUCGGUUCUCCCUCGCGAGAGAGGCCAUUGCCGUUGCCGCAUCCCAGAAUUCGCAGUCGCUUAUAUUUUCUACAGGGCUCGAUAGUAACAAGGGGUUAUCCAAUGGGCCACCGACUCACCCGCUAGGAAAAUUACCUCUCGUCUCGACGUCCGCGAUUAAUCUCCCUUUUGCUCAUGGUCAACACGCAUGUCCCGGUCGCUUUAUAGUUGACUUCGAGAUGAAGAUCGUGUUAGCAUAUCUCCUCAUAAACUAUGAUAUCGAGGUUGUUAAACGAGAGAAACCGUGGAGAGAGUGGGCUACUGAGGCAUCUAUGUUGGUUAAAGGAGGGAAGGUAAGGGUUAGACGCCGUGGGGUAGUGGGGUGA